AUGUGUCCCGCUCUUUUCACACGUAUAAAUACCCCUGAUUCAGUUUCCCUUUAUUCAUUUCUACUUCAAACUUCAAUGUGUCUACUUGUCCUUUUAAUCUUCCUAGUUAUUCUUAAUUACGAGUCGCUUAAAUAUGAAAUAAAAUUAAUGGUGAGUCUCUGGAAUCUUAAUGGUAAAAUAAAUAUUACUGUUGAUAAUUCAAAACGUAAAAAAGCUUAUAACGCUCAAGUAAUUAAAUCUGAAGGGUGUACUUUCCUCGUAUUUGCAUCCGGUAAAGUAGUGGCAACUGGUGUCACUGAUGUAAGCAAACCUGCAACUGUAUUACAAAAACUAUUUCCUAAUAAUUCAGUCAGUUUCAUACGAAUAUGUAAUAUUGUAGCUCAAUCGUAUUUACCAUAUAUGAUAAAUUCAGCUCAUUUACUGAAAGCUCAUACUGAUUUACAAUAUGAACCUGAACUAUUUCCGGCUAUUUACUUGAAAGAAAAUGGUGUAACUCUUCAAUAUUUCUCAACUGGAAGUAUAAUUGUAACUGGAGCUAAGACUUUACCUGAUAUAGAGUCUAUUCUAGCGACUCUCCUUUCAAAAACCGCGCAUUUAAAUACCUCCAUCAAUCAACAGUAG